AUGGACGGCAGCAGCGAUGCUCACAGGCUGUGGUGCCAGGAGGUGCCUUCUGGGCCUGCCUUUCACAACAUGGACAAGUACAACUUCACGAAACUACUCUUGGAAAUGUCCGCGGAUAUGGUCAAGACACGCUGCGACAAAACGUCUUGGGGCAUAGCAGCUGCGGAACUUUUUGAGGAUGACAGUGAUGAAGCAUAUACAGACCAAGCAGAGCAAAUCAUGCAACACCCGCCGCAGCACAUGGUUUUUGUCAAUGUGCCCUUGGGGGUAUACGUUCGCAACUCCCCGCACUUGUAUGAGAUGCUUUCCAGGAUGAGAUGUUUGCAAAAGGACAGUGCAGUGGGGUCUGUGAAGCAAAUGCUCGCCAUCUUGGACGCAGAUGGCCAUUCCUAUUCCGUUUUAGUGUAUGCAGUCAUCGCUGCGAUGCAAGUUCUUUUUCAGGUUGCUCGCGCACGCACCCCUGCAGUCUGGAAGCUGCAAGAACUUUGGCCGCUGAACGGAUCUACCCUGGACUCGUGGUCUUGUUUGUCCUGCGAGAAGUUGAUGUUCCGCGGCAUCUGGGUCCCUCAAGAAGUCGAUGAAGCUGCUGCAACGUGGCAGAGAUCGUUCAAUUCAUUCUCCCGAGAGGUAGACGGGGUGCGGAAGGUGUUGAGGUUUUAUGCCAAAUCGAGGGGGACCAGCAUCGCUACACUAGCGCAGAAAGACCAGCAUAUUCUAUUGUUCGUUGCUCGCCGCAUCCGGCAGGAAGAUUGGGCAUUUCCAAUGCAGUUCUUUAGUUGGCAUGAGAGCAGAGAAGGAAGUUUGGAGCGUGAACUGGUGUUGCCUCCUUUCGCAGCAUACGACUUUGAGUCUGAUCUGGAAGUCUCCAGCCGAAUGCCUGGCAUCAUUCGUGCGGAGAAGAUGUCGAUUCUGCAACAAAGAUGGGGCUUGCCUGCUAAGUUCUUCGACACAGAAGUCCCGAAGCUUAUGCGAUGGCUAGGAGAUCCGAAGUCAAUGCUUCUACAUGACUUACUGGGUUCGCCACCCCAGAUCACCGUGCGGUUCGUCCGGAAAGUCACCUUGGCCGACCCGGUCCGCUGUCUUCUCGAAGCAGAUGUACCUUCGCUGCUGCAGUUUCCGCAGUGUUGGCGUGUGGUCGGAGGCGAGCAGAUGGGAGGAUUGCUGGUGCGACAGGGUCCGGCUUUAGACAGUCCCAUAGCCCCACAGCGCUUACAGUUUGGUGCAACGGUCGCUGAAAUUGAAACUCAGGGCGUCCGAAUGCACUAUCGCAUGGUGCUGGGAGACGGACCACCGCAGGGCUGGAUCACUACUUUCGUGCAGCAAAGCAACAAACGACUGGUGGUUCCUGAGUAG